AUGAAAUUAGCUAUCAAACAACAACCAAAAUGUUUAAAAUUUGCUUCAUCCCAAUUGAAAAAUUCUAGAGAUAUUGUGUUGGAAGCAGUGAAACAAGAUGGUUUGGUUAUCGAGUAUGUUCCAGAACAUUUAAAAGAUAGAGAAAUAGUGAUGGAAGCUAUCAAGAAUUCUAAAUAUUCGUGUGUUCUCCAGCAUGCUCCAACAUUUUCCAAUGACAAAGAGGUUAUUUUACUAGCUGCUAAAAAUUCAGGGUUUUCAUUUUCGUAUGCGUCUGAAAAAUUAAGAUCAGACAGAGAGUUUGUUUUACAAAUUGUAAAAAUGAAAGGAGACAGUUUGAAGGAUGUUUCAAAAGAACUGAAGAAAGACAAAGAGAUUGUUAUGGAGGCUGUAAAAUCUAAUGGAAUGGCUUUGUAUUAUGUGGAUCAUGGUUACUUCUGUAGUGAUAGAAGUUUUGUGAAGGAACUUGUAUUGCUUGGUUCUUCUGUUAAUUCUAGCGCAUUCUCCAGUAGAAUCGCUCGAGAAUUAAUUCAUGACCGUGAAUUCGUUCUAGAAUGCAUUUCAGGAGCAGGUAAUUCAUUAAGCUUUCUUGAUUAUGGUGGUUCGUCUCUAGUUAAUCAUAGUGAUUUUGUUGAUGAACUAAUUGAUAUUCAAUGUCAGUAUAGUUCAGCAAUGUGGACUUCUAAAGAUUAUUUCAAUUCUCUUAAUGAGGAAAGACAGUUGAGAAUUAUUAGAAUAGAUCCUGUAUGCUUAGAACAUUGCAAGGGCGAACUAAAAAACAGUAGACAACUAGUAUUGGACUAUAUAUUACAAGAUCGUAAAAUUUUAGAAUCGUUGAACGACGAGUUAAGAAAUGACCGAGAAAUAAUCAGGUUGGCGAUAAAAGAACAUUACGGAGCUCUAAAGUUUGCAUCAGCGGAAUUGCAAAAUGAUAAGUCAUUGUUACAGGAAGCACUUUUAUAUGAUACUGGUAAUUAUAAUUAUGCAUCAGAAGAAUUAAAAACAGAUAAGGAGAUACUAGAGUUUUUAAUAGGUAGAGACGGAUGCUACUUUGAGUAUGCUCCUGAAUCUUGGAAAAAUUCGAGAGACUUUGUUGUAAAAGCAAUUAGAAAUUCAAUGUCAAAUAUAUCUGACUUUUUGGGAUAUAGUCUGAAGGAAGAUAGAGAUUUAAUAUUAGAAUACGUAAGAAGAAUUGGAAGUAUUGAAGAAAUACCACAAGAAUACAAACAAGACAGAGACAUAGUAUUAGAGGCUGUCCAAUUAGAUGGAAAUAACUUGAAAUACGCCAGUCAUUCUCUCCAACAAGACAGAGAAUUGUUAAUCGUUGCAGUACGAAACGGAUUGAGCUUAAGAAAUAUCAAUGAAUCAGAAUUAGAUAGAGAAAUAGUUUAUGAAGCUUGCAGAUAUGAUACUCAUCCUCUGAAAUAUGUUCCAGAAGAAUACAGAGAUGAGGAGGAAAUAGUGCAAGCAAUUGCAUUCUCAGAGAAUGCUUCAUCUUUCGAGUACGUGUCUGAAAGAUUAAGGAACAAUAUUGAUUUUAUUAGGAAGUUAACUAGGAUUAAUGGUUAUUUGAUUCAAUAUAUUCCAAAAUAUUUGCGAAAUGAUAGAGAAAUUGCUCUAAAUGCAAUUCGUCAUGGAUGUAACUACCUAUCAGAAGAUUUGCAAAAUGACAAGGAAUUAAUUUUAACAGGAUUAAAAUAUUCAGCAAGCUGUUAUCGCUAUGCCUCUGGAGAAAUGAAAAGUGAUGGAGAAGUGUUGGAAGCGUUAAGAAAAUGGUUACCGCCACAUCUCAACAUCCCAUUUCCUCUCAAUAAGGAAAUGGCUGCCAUAGCAUUAAGUAUUAAGUCUCUUAAUGAAUUUGAUUAUACUUUUAGAGAUGAUAGACAAUUUGCCCUUUUAGCUGUUAAUGCUAGGAUGAUGAAUCUUAUGUAUGUUUCGAAUAGACUUAGACUAGAUAGGACCUUUAUUUUAGAAAUUGAACCUAAGCAAUUUGAUAUACUUUUUAUACCAAUUACAUUAAGGGAAGACAGAGAAAUUGCUUUAAAAUCACUGGAACUUAAUGGUCGAUCAAUUAUGUACUUGUCUAACGAGUUGAAACAUGAAUUCAAAAAUGAUAGAGAAAUUAUGUUAAAAGCUAUCAAAUCUGAUGCUAUUGCAUUCCUGUUUGCCAGUGAAGAGUUACAGCAUGAGGAAGAGUUUAUUUUAGAAUGUGCUGGAGUUAACGGAAAGGUUUUACAGUAUGUGCCUCAUAAGUUUGCAUAUAACAGAAAUGUCGUCCUGAAAUGUGUUCAAAACCAUGAAGAAGCACUUCAGUAUGCAUCCAACAAAUUCCUUGGGGAUAAGGAGUGUGUAAUGUAUGCUUCUGGUCAGGGGAAAUCGUUUAAUUCUUUCUGUUAUGCAUCAUUUGAUAUGAGAAACGAUCCUGAAAUAGUAUUGAAAGCUGUACAAAGUGAUGUUACUUCACUUAAACUUGCAUCCUAUGAAAUUAUUUCCGAUGAAGAUUUUAUUGAAAAGGCAAUGGAUAUCAAUAUUGAAGCACUUUGUUACGCUCACUAUUCAUUAAGAUACAAUACUGAAUUCCUAAAACGAAUGAAUAAGAAUAAUAGAAUUGUUGAAAGUGGUUCCAAGAUAUUCCGAAGGGCAAUUGAUUUUAACAGUUUAUUAGAAGUUUGA